GUGCCUCACCCUCAGCCCCGGGCGUGGCCGGGCCCGGUGGGGAGGAGCGGGGCGGGCGGCCCGCAGGUGCCCACAGCUUGGCUCCGCGAAUGGGCUGCUACCGCCCGGUUCGCUCUCCGUCACCUCUCGGGCACUGCCGUCCUGCCGCCGCCGGAGAGCUGCGGCCUCGCUGCUCGCACGGGGCCCAGGCUGCUGCGUUGAGUUCGGAUCGCCGCUGAUAAACGCGAAGCCCCGCUGAGAUCUCUUUGAGGUGGGAGUGACUGUCACAUGAGUUCUUCAAGGACAAUGGACCCCAAGGUGCGAGAGACUGAAGGAUAUGGAGAAGACAACUCAGGAAAGAAAAAAUCCAAGUUCAAAUCUUUCAAAAAGUUUUUUGUUAAAAAGAAAAGGAAAGAACCUUCUUCAGGGAGCAGCAGUCUGAAGCUAUUCCAGUCAACAAGUGAUGUGGCGGCCUCACAUGACAUGCAUGCUAGUUUUGAUUCUGAAGAUGAACACGAGGCCCAUAAGGGCAUUAUGGGAAGCAGAGCUUUGUCUCACGACAGCAUUUUCAUCCCUGAAAUUGGACAAGAGUCUGCAAGGCCAGUAAGAGUAUUUUCUCAAGAAAAUGUUUCUGAUCGAAUUAGAGCUCUGCAGAUGAAACUCCAGCCUACCAUGAAACUGGGACCUCCACCUCCGUUUGGGUAUCAUGCAAAGAGGACAGAUGAUGCUGGGACCAGUUCUGAGGAUGAUGGAUUACCAAGAAGUCCCCCAGAAAUGUCUUUGUUCCAGGAAGUCCUAAGUUCAGGCACAACAAUGAGAUUCUCUGACUCUCACAAGCACCCUAGCUCUUUGAGUUUAGCUGGAACAGGCAGUGAAGAAGAAGAACAGGUUACACUGGGUCCUCAUUCCACAUCUCACUCUACAGAUGGGCAGCUGUACUCCAGGCAUGGAAGUGCUAAAAUGAAAUCUCCCCACGACUCUGACAGUAGCAUUUCACCUGCUGCCAAUUUUGAAACUCCACCUGAGCUUUCCUCGUGCUUGGAUAACUCUGCUGCUAAACAUAAGCUUUUAAUAAAGCCCCGGAACCAGAGGUCCAGUAAAAUGAGACGAUUUUCUCAGAGGACCCAGUCUGAAUCCCUGACUGAUUUGAGCUGUACACCAGAAGAAGAAGAGGAUGAUGAAAAGGAGAUGCGUGCAGACUUGCCAGAUGCUGUAUUCAAAACCAGCGAUCAAGAAGUGCCUUGCAGCACAUCUGCAGCACAGGACGUGGCUUCCUGGCAGAAGCCCAGAGUGCCUGAGGACCUUCCUCCUGCUUUGAGACUGGCAGUGACUCAACCCAUUUCUGACUCUGCUGUUGCACAGGAAGCUUUGCUUCCAGAGGAUGAACCAAAGGGCUUCCAACCAAUGCUGGAUACGUGUGUGAAGUCUGAGUGCUUGCUGCUGUCAGAAGGCAACAGCUCCACAACUUCUCUGAACUCUGCUCCAGACAUAGAAGUACAAAAGCCAAAAGAUUCCUCAGCAGCAUUGGUUGUGUUGUCUGGGGAUGCGAGUAGCAAUGUGUCAACUAGUACUUUAAAUAAAGGAAACAAGGAGCUUCCUUCUGUGUUUUCAGCACAUGAAAUACCAUCUGAAGAAGAUAUUUCAACUAGUAAGAAUAGUAAUAUUUGCUUGGAAGGGUUAGAAGAAAACAUACAGAGCGAUGACCAGGUACCUGUGGAAAUGUCCUGUAACAAAGAGUCAAAGAAGGUGGUUGCUGUGUCAUCAGAGUCUAGCAAGCAGUUUUUCAUAGGUUCUUUCCAGCCCACAGAUUCAUUCCAAGUUUCACAUCCCUCUUCUUCAUCCCAGGUGGGGUUGCAUGCUUCCCAAUCUCUAGAGAAAGCAAAGACUGUACAAGAAGCAGCUGCUUCUGAUAAAGAGAACAGUCAGUCACUGGUUCACAAAGAAGAGAUUUUGGGGAAGAAAAAUGAAAAGACUGCCAAUGAACUCAAUGUCUUGAGAAAGUUUUCUGUCUCCUCUGCACGGGAAAGGCCAAAAACCAGAAGCCUACAUUUUCCAGAAGGUUCACUGUAUGAAGAUCCAUUAAAUACCAGGUUCUUCCUGUCCAAUGUGAAUGUCUCUUUGAAAAAUGAGAAGUUGAGCAAAGACUUGCAAAAGGGAUCAGAUCUGGAAGGUAGAAAAAGUAGUGACAGAAACCAAGCUUUGCUGCCAGAAUCUGACUCUGAGAACACGGGCCAGUCUACAGAAAUUUUGGCUGACUGUAGUUCUCCAGCUGUCGAUGCAGUUCCGGUGCAAAGUGAUUCUUCUGCAGUAUCUCAGAAUCAGCAAAGCUGUGAAGAUAAAAAUCCUUUUCAAGUAAAACUUAGAUCUACCUCUCUGUCCUUGAAAUAUAGAGACCACUUGUCUGAAUCAAAAGGAAUUAAAAGAUACGGCACAGAGUUUAAUUUAGAAAAUCAGGGAUUGACUUUAUUUCUCAAAGAUGAUAAAACAGAGAUCAAAAAAACAGCCAAUACAAAUGUUGAUGGUUCUUUAAAUGAAAAGAUCAAAUCCAAAGCACAGUCCUCUGAACAGCUUAGUAGCAAACCUCCAUUGCCUAAAAAGCCAGUCAUUCAAAACAUAACUGUUCCAAAUACUAGUGCAAGCAAGGAGAAGCAGGACAAAACUAUUCAUGCUCCAGAAUCCAGAAAUGAAGAGAGACACAUGGAGAAAAGGCCAAAUCCUAGUAAAGUGCCUGAGAGGAGUGUGUCUUUGGUGAUUGCUGGAGACUCCAGAAGGGAGCCUGACAGUCCCACAGAGCCAGCCUGGAUCACCAUCGCAAGGCAGAAGCAGUGGGGAACGCAGCAGGAGCAGGAGCUUGAUGGAGAGAAACCAGUCACUCCGGAUACUAAAUCAGAUACAGAGAAACAGAAUAAAGAGAAGGAAAGAACAGAGGGGUCAGUGAAACAGCAAUGGAGCAAACCUCCACACCUGGCACCUAAAACCACUUCUGAAGAACAGAAGAAGGAGUCAAAGUCUGAAGCAAAAGAGCCUCUGACAAGAGCCAAUUCACUGACACAUUUUGUCUCUGACAAAGAUGAAAUGAGCCACUUGAAGAAAGCCAGUACUGCUGCUCCAGACCAGCCGUCAUGGAUGGAACUUGCCAAAAAGAAAUCUCAAGCUUGGAGUGAUAUGCCCCAGAUUAUAAAAUAGAAUUAUGCAAAUGAAUAACAUCAUUUAUAAAUAAGUCAGCUACUUAAUUGAACUUCUACAGACCAACUAGUCACAGAGAAGAAUCUCUGAAACAGGAGAAGGCUCUUAACUAUACAGCUGUGGAAAAAGCGUGCAAUAGGUGCAGUCAAAAAGUUUACCUGAAGCAAUUGUAGCAAUCAGGAUUGCAAUGGAUUAUUUAAAUUAUGCUGAGAACAUUCUUAUACUUUGGAAAACAAGAUUUCUGCUUUAUCUGUUUCCUGUGUUUUCUUCCUUUAAGGACGUUUGCAUCAAAAGCGGAUCUUCACUAAACUUUGCUGAGUUUCAGUUGUUGCUGUUCUGUUUGAUACAUUUUUUUCUGUGUUUACGUUCUGUACACUAACAUCCUGGUUCUGUUGAUAUGUGUCACUGGAAUUGCCCCACGCUUUUUCUGUCAAACUGUAGAAGUUUUCAUGAGUGGCUUCUAGUGAGUACUCUGCUAAAAUGUGCUGCUUGGACUCUGUGUUUGCUGAGCUGAACCAAGUGGUCCAGUCUCUGAUUUUAGGUUACAUUUCAUGAGGCACGGCAAAUUUAUGCAUGACCAUGAAUAAAAAUUCCUCAGGUUCUUCUGUGAGCAGCCUUGGUUUUGUGAUAUUUUCUAGAAGGGGAGCAAUAAGGAAAUUGGACUGAAGUUUGAAGCUCAUUGCAGUUACUUUUCGACCUGAAUUUAUCUGCAACUAUCUUCUCUUUAUGUGAAAUCAUCAUGCUCAAUUAGGAGCAUGGUGUUAGCAGCAAUGGACAACUUUGCAAGCUAACAAUAAAUCCCACUGGGGAAUUUCCUGGAAACUUAAUGCCCAGGAAUUAAUGCUAAGGAAACUUAGCAGUGGCUAAGACAAACAUCUCCGUGUAUGUAUGUAUGUGUGAAUUAUUGCCUUUACACUGCACUCCCUAGGUUUAUUUAUGUAUAGAUUUGUGAUUUUGUUUCUCUUUCAGGAAAAAAAAAAAUAUAUAUAUAUAUAUGGGGAGACCUUAGGAAAUGUAGGAUUUCCUAAGAAAAACACCUGCAGUUUGGAAGUUUUGUUGUGUUGUCUUAUCUAAGGAGGUGGGGAGUAAAAGCUGGCCUCCCUCAGCAAUGAUUAUUUAAUUUUGCAACAAACAGCCCAUUGGAACAUGUGAAUAUCCAAGGCAUUGUGGUGGAUUCACCCUGAUGGACAACAGAACUCCACUGUGUCCACUUCCUACCACGGGACCCACCUUUCAGGCACUGCUCCACAUGGGCCCCCAAUGGGCAGCAGCCCUCCUGCCCCACCGUGGCUCCCUCUCCAUGGGCUGCAGCUCUGGCUCAGCGCUUCUCUUCCUGUUUUGUUUUUGUAUCCAGGUGAUACUGUAGGACCAGCAGAAGAAAUAGGUACAUUUUUCAGAUAUUAUAAAAAAGAUUUAAACUCCCUCUGUAAUAAUUCUUUAGCAUAUAGUGUUUUUUUAAUAUAUGUUGUUGCUGUGUUGUAGCAAUCUUGAAAAAAUGGUUUCUGAAUUAAAGGUGCACCUUGUGCAGAGGAUGAUGUUUUCAGGAAACGCAAUGAAAAAUGUAGUCUGUUAGUCUGUUUCCAUGCAGACCUUAAAAUGAUUAAAUCUGCUGAAUCGUGACUGAAUUUUUGGAGCAUGACCUGUAUAGCUGCAUGGGGAAGCAUGGGAACCCAUUGGACCAUCUCCUGUUUUGACAGACAGACACUCAAGAAUACCAGAGAAGCAAGAUGGAGGUCUGCUGGCAUGACCUGUGCAAUCCUAAGGGAAAAACCACUGGGUGCCUUGCUCCUUGUGUGGUGUUCUGGCUCCAAACAGGAGACUGGAAGCACGAAAGAGGUAGAUGAUUGCACAGUGCAGUUAGAUCAACCAGUGAAAGACAAAACCAAACAGGAGUUGAUCAGUAUGAAAGCCAAGGUCUUGGCCUCAGUGACUGCCUCUGGCCUUGGCCUGUGCUGUUUGCCAUGGGCCUUCGAAGGCGGCAGCUGGAGGACUCAUCUUUGGCACAGCAUCCUGCCACAGGCACCAGCCUUUGGAAAGACCAUGGGUUCUCUGGACCUCUCACCUGACAGGCUUUUGUUUUCUCACAGCAUUGCUUUGCACACAUAGAAUCAUAGAAUCAUAGAAUCACAGAAUGGCCUGGGUUGAAAAGGACCACAAUGAUCAUCUGGUUUCAACCCCCUGCUAUGUGCAGGGUCACCAACCACCAGACCAGGCUGCCCAGAGCCACAUCCAGCCUGGCCUUGAAUGCCUCCAGGGAUGGGGCAUCCACAGCCUGCUUGGGCAACCUGUUCAGUGCAUCACCACCUCUGUGUGAAAAACUUCCCCCUAAUAUCUAACUUAAAUCCCCCUGUAUAAUUUUUUUUUUCUAAGUCAAAGGGCCCUGAUACAGUCCUGAUACAGCUGUGCUGUCAACAGGUAGGCAGAAUGUAGGUUUGGAAUCUGUGUAUUUUGCUUUGGACAGAAGGCUUGUUUGUGACCAAAUACCAAUCUAUUUUUCUUCUCUGUGUGAAAGUGAUUUCUGGUUAACAAUUCACUGGAAAAGCCUUUCAGGUCUGAUCAGCUUUCCUGGGGACAUCACUGUGUGUUUCCAGCCGAGAAGCAGUAUGACUGAGUCAGGCUGAUCCGUUUUGCUCAAGUAAGUGCAGUAUACAUUGUUGGUACAGAACUUCCAACACUGACAUAAAAUGUAAAAAUUCAGCCUUUGUUCAUAACUCACAGCAGCUCUCACAAUCUGCAUUAUAGUCAAGUAACACCAGCAAAAUGGACUGGAAAACAGAACAGUUUCCUUCCCCAGAAGUGCUUUGUGAUGCAUCUUUGGCUUUCUGUCCAAGGUGCAAGGUGACACUCUGUAAUCAGUUUCUGUCUCUGGCAGUGAAGUACUGCAUGCAAUGCAAAUGCAGCGUGAGCCGUGCCUCUUUCUGUGCAAAAAGUGUAGAGUUGGUGACUUACCCAAUUUACAAGUUGGAUUAUCAGAAUUAGCCACCUUUGGAGCUCAGUAACUUUCAGUAAAAAAUUAUGACUAAAUGAUUCUUGAUGUACAGCAAACCAUAAUAAAUUUUUAAGGCCAAAAUAGCCCUCCGGCCUUUACUUUGAU